AUGCCCUCUGACGCCUCUAGCCCUAGCACGCUGUCCAGCCCCUCCUCUGACACCGGACGCUCUGACGGACCGCCCAAUACCACCACGCAGGAUGUCCCUGCCUACCUAGUAAGACGCCUGGAUACCGGGGUAUACGAACGUCUGGAACAAGCUAUCGAGGCGAUGGGAAAGGCGGCUCUGGGCUUCAACGACAUAACGACGGACUUCAACCUGCAAGACGGGCAGUGGAACAACGGCCACCAGCGCUACAUCGACAACAAUGGCAAUCGUUUCACUGCAAACGUGUGGGGAGAGGUGCGAAGCUCCGAAGACGGUACCAAGCUAGAUGCGAAAGGUAAUCAUUAUCCUGACUGGACGCCUAUUACCGACGACACCAAUAUAAAAAAUGUGCUGGUAAUCGGCGAGCCCGGCGAUGCAGCGCGUUUCGACAAACUCCACGCUUUUUGGCACAACCAACUAGUUACGCUCCAGGACGUACGGAGGUUCGACGAAGAGCGAGAAGAAGAUGACAAAAACAACCAUGACACUCGAUUCAGGAUUAACAACUGGCUCAGGCCCCCGAGAGGGGAUGCUCGUGAGGACCGCAACCUCAUUGCGCUGACAAUUUCGCCGGCCAAAUAUGUGAAACCUGACAGGAAAGACAAAGCGGUCAAAACUCCGUUCCGUCCGGGCUUGAGCAAGGUCAAAGUCGAAUGCAGUGACAAGGCGUCGAUAUCUUCGAAUGGCAAUAACGACGAUGUGAUUAUGCAAGAAGACCAUGAUGUGCCACCUUCCUUCCCCCGGCUUCUUCCGGACUACAGCGGACCGCUCUAUCAGCUCAAGACUGCGAGAGUGACUCAGCCCGACAUUGUGGACGUCAACGGCAAGCUUAUCCCACCGUGGCUGCUGCACGACAAGCUUCGGCCUGGUACGCUUAUUGUCGCGAACGUUGAACUAGUGGUCUGGGUGUUCAAAAAGGGCAAGGAAAUAUCAAAGACCUAUCAAGUUGUCGCGCACAAGAUCAAGGUCGUUGAUCCCUCUGAUGCUCCCGCAGAGAUCCCGGCUCCUGGAAAUCUGAAACCGAAGCCGGAUGCUGCCACACCCAUGACGCCUUCAGCUCAAUCAAAAAGAUCAUUUGACGAAUUCAUGAGCCCAACACCAUCUCCCGCAUCUUCUCCGGUGAAGAAAACAAGGCGUACUACUACGAAAUAA